UGUCCGGUCAGCUGCAGGAUGCACUGAGGGAAUAAAAAGGGAGAGGGUGAGGUGAGCUGCAUCUGGUAACAAGCUGAACGGAGCAAGCACAGGUGCGACAAAGAUGAAGUGGUUUGUAGUUGCCGCUCUUUCUUUGUGCGUCCUCGUACCCACCGCUCACUGCGAAUCAAUAGCCUGGUGUUAUCACCUCCCAUCCUGCAAUGCCUCCACCUGGCCAACACUUUUCCCCCAGUAUUGCAACGGCAGCCGGCAGUCACCCAUUAACAUUGUCUCAGCAUCAGCCACACCGAACGACAACCUGACUUCAUUCACUUUUGUAAAGUAUGACGACACCUCCGCGAUGACAUCCAUAGAAAAUACUGGCGAGACAGUCAAAGUGACCCUUAAGAGCGGAGUUAAGAUUUCAGGAGGGGACCUGUCCGAGCAAUACGACAGCCUGCAGUUCCACUUCCACUGGGGCAACGGCUCCUCUGUGCCCGGCUCAGAGCAUACUGUGGAUGGAAAGCGCUAUCCUAUGGAGCUGCAUAUUGUGAACAGCAAGUCAUCCUACAAUGGGAAUACAAGUCUAGCUGUUAAUGACUCCACCGGACUUGCAGCGCUUGGUUUUUUUAUCGAGGUAAUGUCAGGCAACUCAACUGGUCAGCCGGAAAGCUGGCGCAAUUUGACCUCUUACUUGGCCAACAUCACAGAAAAAGGUCAGAAAGUUUCCAUUGCAGCCGGGUUUUCCCUGGACGACCUGCUCGUCGGUGUGGAUCGCACAAAGUAUUACCGCUACCUUGGAUCCUUGACGACCCCAGCUUGUAAUGAGGCGGUGGUCUGGACCGUUUUUAAGGACCCGAUUAAAGUCAGCAAAGAUCUGAUUGACCUCUUCAGCACCACAGUGCGUGUCGAAAACAGCACGUCAGAACUAGUGACAAACGUCUACAGAAGCCUGCAGCCAGCACAGCCAGUCUCAACUCAGAGCGUCAAGGCCUCAGCCUCCACAACCUGCUUCUCCCUGAGCCUGCUGCUCCUCAGUCUUGCACUGGGCUGGAGUUGGAGCUAAAAUAGAAAGACGAUGUCAUCAACAACUUUGCCGAUCAACCAGUUGCCUCACUUCGGCACAUGCGUUCUUUCUCCAUUUAACUAAAACCGACCUUCGCUGAUUUCUAAUGUAGCUCUUUGUGUUUGACAUAAUCACGAAAAUUGUGAAGAAUAAUUUAUUCAGGUGAAGGCUACCUCUCCGCACAAGUUAUUUAGAAUAGAAUAGAAUAGAAUUCAACUUUAUUGUCAUUGCACAUGCACAUUUCUGCUAUCUCUUGAUUAUGGCUACCUGUGACAAAGCACUUACCUGUUGUCAGAUUUGAGUCUGUAUGCACGCACGCACCUCGUGCAUGCAAUGUUUACUUUAUGCAAUGACAUGCAAAAAAGUUUGCUUUUUGCCAGGGCAACACGGUGUGAAAAACUGAGGCAUGUUCUACUUGUCGAGCUGCCAGAGCUACGCGUGGGUGACAAAGGGAUGCACCUGCACUAUUUACAGUAUUGUUCUGGUUAUUUAUGAAAUCCAGCAUUAUAAGAAUGUAUCACUAUGACAUGUUAAGAUAUGCCUUGAUGUUGGCACAUGCACCUAGUUUAGUUUUAGUGAUUGAAGGAUAUGGUGAUUUAUUUUCUCUGUUAAUUUUAAUAUUUAUUUUAAACUAUUGUAAACUUUUUUUUUUUUGUCUCCAUCAGUGCAGCUACUGCUGCAUUUGAAAUGGCCGCCCCUCCCUGAGCCUGGUUCUGCCGGAGGUUUCUUCCUGUUAAAAGGGAGUUUUUCCUUCCCACUGUCGCCAAAGUGCU